CUGCAAUUUCCAGUUGUAAAUCACUGUGCAGCGACAAGGCCACCCCUUCCCUUCUCACUAUUGGUUGCGACCGUCCGUCUAUUUGCAUGUUGCCGGUUUGAUUGGCCCGAUGGUUACACAAGACUUUACAUAAGCCUGGCAGCGCUGCUAGAGUUGUAUAAAGCCGGGGAAGGGGAAGGAUUGGUCCAAGCUUUGUGGAAACUUGUGAACUCUUUAGCAAGAAACUGUGUGGAAUGAUGCUGCCUGCUGAUUUCUUUGUCCCUGUAUCAAAGAUGAUGCUUCUUGCAUUAUUGCUUUCUAUAAUUAUUUGUUGUGGAGGAGCUCAGCGCUCGGAGCCCAUGUUCACAGCUGUGACCGACACAGUCCUUCCCCAGGAUUAUGAUAGCAACCCGACCCAACUGAACUAUGGAGUUGCCAUCACAGAUGUGGACAAUGAUGGAGACUUUGAAGUUGUAGUGGCUGGAUACAAUGGGCCGAAUCUAGUGCUGAAAUAUAUCAAGGAGAAAGGUCACCUAGUCAAUAUAGCUGUGGAUGAACGGAGCUCACCGUAUUAUGCUUUACGAGAUCGCCAAGGCAAUGCCAUCGGGGUUGCUGCCUGUGAUAUUGAUGGAGAUGGAAGGGAAGAAAUCUAUUUUCUAAACACAAACAAUGCCUUUUCAGGUAUAGCGACAUACAGCGACAAGCUGUUUACAUUUCGAAAUGGGCGCUGGGAGGACCUUUUCAGCGAUGAGGUGAACCUGAAGCGGGGAGUAGCCAAUCGUUUCUCUGGACGCUCAGUGGCUUGCAUUGAUAGGAAGGGCUCUGGAAGGUACUCUUUCUACAUUGCAAACUAUGCAAAUGGUAAUGUGGGGCCCCAUGCCUUAAUCGAGCUGGAUGAAACUGCAAGCAAUUUGUCUAGAGGGAUCAUUGUGUUAUCCAAUGUGGCAGCGGAACUGGGUUUAAAUAAGUACACAGGAGGACGCGGUAUAGCUGUUGGACCAAUUGUCAACUCUGCUGCCUCAGAUAUCUUUUGCGACAAUGAGAAUGGGCCAAAUUUUCUCUUUCAAAACAAAGGAGAUGGAACCUUUGUGGAUAUAGCAUCAAGCACAGGAGUGGAUGAUGUAUAUCAGCAUGGACGAGGUGUAGCCCUCGCUGAUUUUAAUAGGGAUGGAAAAGUAGAUAUUGUGUAUGGAAACUGGAAUGGACCCCAUCGUCUCUUCUUACAGAUGAAUACAAAUGGAAAGGUUCGCUUCCGGGACAUUGCAACGCAGAAGUUCUCCAUGCCAUCGCCUAUACGCACAGUCAUUGCUGCUGACUUUGAUAAUGAUCAAGAACUUGAGGUCUUUUUUAAUAAUAUUGCGUAUCGGGGGCCAUCAGCAAACCGUAUGUUCAGGGUCGGAAGAAGAGAACAUGCAGAUCCUUUCAUGGAAGAACUCAAUCCUGGAGAUGCCUCGGAACCAGAUGGUCGAGGAACUGGGGGAGCUGUGACAGAUUUUGAUGGAGAUGGAAUGUUGGAUCUUAUUUUGUCACAUGGUGAAUCCAUGGCGCAACCUUUAUCUGUGUUCAAAGGAAAGCAGGGCCUGAAAAAUAAUUGGCUCAGAGUAAUACCACGCACGAAGUUUGGUGCCUUUGCACGUGGAGCAAAAGUUGUCCUUUAUACAAAGAAGAGUGGAGCCCACCUGAGAAUUAUUGAUGGUGGAUCUGGCUACCUUUGUGAGAUGGAACCUGUAGCUCACUUUGGUCUAGGAAAGGAUGAAGCUAGCAGCCUAGAGGUAACCUGGCCUGAUGGCAAGAUUUUUACCCGAAGCGUUGCUGAAGGGGAAAUUAACUCUGUACUGGACAUUGCCUACCCACAUGAAGAUGACACUGUAACUAAACCAACAGAUAUUGAGGUGUGCGGGCAGGGUUUCUCGGUGAAUGAAAAUGGCCGAUGCACAGAUACAGAUGAAUGCAUACAGUUUCCCUUCGUGUGCCCCAGGGAGAAGCCAGUCUGUAUCAACACUUAUGGAGGCUACAAAUGCCGGCCAAACCGAAGGUGCAGUAGAGGGUUUGAGCCAAAUGAAGACGGAACUGCUUGUGUCGAUAUAGAUGAAUGCACCCUCGGUACCCAUGACUGCACUCAGCUCUGUGUUAAUUCAGAGGGAUCGUAUACAUGCAAAUGCCACUCUGGCUUCCACCUAAAAUCGGGCUCACUGAGCGAAUGUAUUGAUGUAGACGAGUGCCUUCAGCAGCCAAACCCAUGUCACCAUAUUUGUCACAAUGUCCCUGGGUCCUUCCACUGCCAUUGUUACAGUGGCUUUACCCUUGCAGCAAAUGGAAGAUGGUGCAAAGAUAGCCCAUAGGUCUGGAGAGAUGGAUUUUCUGUAGCCUCAUUACACCCUGCCGAUAAAAUCAGAGGGAACUGGAAUAGAAUGUGUUUAUUGUUUCCAUAAGUUCAAUGCCUGGAUAAGCCUGAUUUUCUCCUUCUCUGCUCUUUACAGAAUACAGUAGAUUAUAUUAUGCGGUGGCUGUUACUUCAGGUGCCCUAGAUUGCUCCUUCAGGAGAUGUUACCUUUCAGAACGGUAACCUUUAACUAGGAUACUUUUUAACAUUUAAUAAAUCCGCAGUGCUCUUUGAAAUUUAUCAGAUUCAACAUAAAGGGAAGUGUAUUGUACUGUGUAAAGCAUGUCAGUGACCCAGAUUAUGAGGUUACUUGUGAUUCACCUUCUGCCGGGAAUGGAAAGAAGCCCAGAACCCUAUCAAGAUGAAAUAAUAAUCUUGUAAAGGUCAUGGGCACCUGUUCAAGCAAGUCUUCAUGGAUUCUUAUUCCCAUUUCAGUGCAGUGCUAUUAUUGCGGUAUACAUAAUUAAAUGUAUUUUUGUAUUAAUAAUUAAACUUGCAUUGUCAAGAUAUA